UCUAAGUUCUUGAGUGUAUCGUCUGACCGGAAUCUGUCGACGUGCUAUCAAGAAUGUGUUAAAUCGUAAGUUUUUUACGACGAUAUAUCACAUUUCGUCGCGUACGUGGAUAGAGGUGAAAUCGAUGAGACGUCAGUAACAUCGUCGUGAAUUUACAAUGUAAUCACACUAAAGUUAUACCACGAUGUCAUCUAUUAUAAAUGUUGCCUGAAGAGAAGGCAAAAGUCAACAACAUGACGGAAGGCGCAGAAACCCAACCAAAUGCAGGCAAUGAGGCUCAAGCAGAAGCCUUAGAAUCAAGAACAGCACACAGUGAAGGAUUACAUGAGGGGACGGGUGAAUCAACAUCACAAGCUACCCUUGAACCAGUGCAAGAGUUACUCACAGUUCAUGGAGCUACACAGGGAGAAAGCAGCGAUGCUGUUAGUAUUUAUACUGCCAGUACUUCAGUAUCUGGCAAUGAGUCAAGUUCAAGUAGAGUCAGUGCAAUAACUGUGGUACUACCGUGGGGUGCCCAAAAGGAGACAGUAAAACCACAACAAAUAGGAGACAUGGACUUAAGACCAGGAGAAUAUGUGAUGCGAAUUCUAUUCGCAGAAUUCACUUCACAGGCUGAGAAGAAGAUGGAAGCUGUUAUGACAGAACACGAGAAACAAUUGUCGAAAGUCUUGCAAAGGGGAGAAGAUCCACAAUUUGAUCAACUUUUAUCAGCUUUCGGUUCAGUUGCUGAACACUGUCUGCCGUCAAUAUUGAAAGCUCUGUUCAAUUGGUACGAGCGUCAACUCGUAGAUCAAGGCGGUGAUCAAAAGAAACCCGGGAAAGAAGAUCAGAAGGGAAAGAGCAUUAUGUAUACGAUAGUAUCAGGAAGUGUAGAAACAGUGGAAAGAAGCGAAGCAGACUUAUUGCAAGAGCGUAGAGAUCUUGCUGUCGAAUUUAUAUUUUGUUUAAUGUUGAUCGAAGUUUUACGUCAACUACCGUUUCACCCCGGCCAUGAAGAUCUAGUAACCUACAUAGAAAAUAUUGCCUUUAAACACUUCAAAUAUAGAGAAGGCAUACAAAAUGAACCAAAUGCAGCUAAUAUUCACAUCAUUGCGGAUCUUUAUGCCGAAGUAAUUGGAGUUUUGGCGCAAUCUAGAUUUAUGUCAGUGAGGAAACGGUUUAUGGUGGAACUGAAGGAAUUACGCGCUAAAGAACUAGGUCCCCAUACUACACAGAGUAUUAUAUCUCUGUUGAUGGGAAUGAAAUUUUUCAGAGUCAAAAUGGUACCGAUAGAAGAGUUUGAGGCAUCAUUCCAAUUUAUGCAAGAGUGCGCUCAAUACUUCUUGGAAGUAAAGGACAAAGAUGUGAAACACGCUUUGGCUGGUCUGUUCGUCGAGAUAUUAGUUCCUGUUGCUGCUGCUGUGAAAAAUGAAGUGAACGUACCAUGUCUGAAAAAUUUUGUAGAAAUGCUAUAUUCGACGACACUAGACAUGUGUACAAAAUCUAAGCACAGGCUUGCGCUUUUUCCCUUGGUAACCUGUUUGCUCUGCGUCAGCCAGAAAACGUUCUUUUUGCAAAACUGGCAUUACUUUUUAGCAAUGUGUCUAUCCCACUUGAAGAAUCGCGAUCCGAAAAUGUGUCGAGUUGCAUUAGAGGCUUUAUACCGUUUGCUCUGGGUUUACAUGAUACGAAUCAAAUGCGAGAGUAACUCGGCCACGCAAAGCAGACUACAGAGCAUAGUGAAUUCCCUGUUCCCCAAGGGAUCGAAGGCGGUAGUACCGCGGGACACGCCGCUAAAUAUUUUCGUUAAGAUCAUCCAGUUUAUCGCGCAGGAGAGAUUGGACUUCGCGAUGCGCGAGAUAGUGUUCGAUUUGUUGUCCGUCGGCCGACCGGUGAAAAUAAUCUUAACUCCCGAACGUAUGAGUAUUGGACUCCGGGCGUUCCUUGUCGUAGCCGACAGUCUUCAACAGAAAGAAGGAGAACCGCCGAUGCCUCGCACAAUGGGCGUGCUACCGAGUGGAAACACCAUGCGCGUUAAAAAAACGUUCUUGAACAAGAUGCUGACGGAAGAUACCGCGCGGAGCAUAGGUAUGUCGUCGUACUUCCCACACGUGCGCCGGGUGUUCGUCGACAUCUUGCGCGCGUUGGACGUUCACUACGGCAGGCCUCUCAUGAUGACCAGCACUCAGAACAUGAACAAGGAACCGGACGAGAUGAUUACCGGGGAGCGUAAGCCUCGGAUAGACCUCUUUCGCACUUGCGUCGCCGCCGUGCCGCGCUUGAUCCCCGAUGGAAUGACUGGUGCUGAAUUGGUCGAUCUGCUGUCUCGCUUGACGGUGCACAUGGACGAGGAACUGCGCGCGUUGGCGUACCAGAGUCUGCAAACCUUGGUGUUGGAUUUCCCCGAUUGGCGGCAGGACGUCAUACUCGGGUUCACGCAGUUCCUAGCCAGGGACGUGCAAGAUACAUUCCCGCAGCUUGUGGACAACGGUCUUAGGAUGCUGUUGCAACUUCUGACAUGCUGGAAGAACGCACUGACCAGCCCCAGCAUCAGAUCUAAGGAACAAUCGGUGGAUAACACGCGGGUGAAUAUACGCAUUGACGUUGGCAUCAAGAAAUGCGAAUCAGGCCAGAAAGUGGAGCCUGUGUCGAAUAUAUUUUAUCUGGUGGAAGGAUUCGCCUUGGUCAUGCUCUGCAAUUGUCGCCUUUAUCCUCGACGACUAGCUGUUCAUAUACUUCGCGAAGUUAAACUUCUAUUGAAGACUUUAGGAGGACCAGAGGAUGAUCAGCCGGUUAUCGAUGUGAUCGACGCUUGCUGUCCCGCUGUCUUAGAAAAGUGCUAUCACAUGCUGCCGCCGGCUGAAAAAGCGGCUGCUGCGUCUACGUCUAACGUGGAUCUGCAGUGGAUAGCGGACAGAAGUAGUUGUGUUUGGACAGCUGGAUUUCACGAUGAAAACAGCACCAAGAGUUCUUCGUCGCUUAAUCUAAACGGCGCAGAUCCGUGGGCCAGCUGCUUAUUCGCCUUUUUGGAAAAGGACAGAGUGCUCACGCUAUGUCCGAACGCCGUCGCUCACUCGUGGCCAAUUGUCUUCAGUCGCAUAAAUUCUCUGUUCUCGGUGGUGGAUCCCACCCCAGUAAAUGACAAUCGAGCUUCGUUAUUGAGAAGUUCUACAACGGUGAGGAAGCCGGUGAACGAGAGAGAUGUCUACAUGCAUAUUUGGAAGAAUUACCUGACCUUUGGAUAUAGAGUCGUGCCGCCUGUGCCGAAUCCGGUCGUUCGAUGCGCCAGUCCGGAUCUCAGUCUCAGUGGUCAGCAUACGGUGGAGUUUGGUGUGUUGUGCAUGAGUAAGGAGUUGAGUCAGAGCCUGGAGAAUCUCGGCGGGGCGCAGACCCUGCCGGGCCGGUUCUCUGUACCGUCCAUUUCCGGCAUCUACACCAGGCAUAAGCGUACCAGCUCCUCGCCGGACAGUCUGUCUGCGGAACGCGGUGACAACAAGUCACCGGGCACGAACGCGAGCCCCGCUGCCUUGUACAAGCUUACCGUACCUCUGCUGAGAUGUGAGGCCGUCGAUGUCAGGGAUGCCGCGGUUCAGGCCAUCGGAAAAGUAAAUGCCGACGCCUUGAAAGACUUGAUGGAGGAGUUGGUUCCUUACAUACGAGAGGCGGUCGAUCGAAAGCAGGAGAAUAUGAGACGACGUAGAAGACGCGACGCUUUGAGACUGCAGCUAGUUAGAGUACUGGAACUGAUAGCCGAAUAUGGAACGUUUGGUAUCUGUCCAGCGGUAUUAGAUCGCGAGACGCAGUCUCUACAUCCGACAUUCGUCGAGUACAUAGACGGGGCGAGGAUUUACCUGGAGAAUGAAACCGACAAGGAAGCGCCUGCCGUGCGAGACAUUAAACUACACUUCUGCAACUUCGUCAGGAAGAUGAUCAAGAGCUUUUCAUUGGAGACGUGUUAUACCCUGUUGAAGAGGGAUCUAAGGAGAAACCUGUUCAUGCUGUUCGCCAGUUGGGCCGGCGUUUACGGCAGACCGCUCACGAGCACGUCGUCUUUGCAAGAAGAGGAGAAAUCCUGCACGGAAUUGCAACUCUCGGCAUUGCAGGCCAUGAGCGGAUUGUUGUGUUGCGGAUCGUGCUUCAAUCCGCAGUCGCUUUCGGAGGAGGGCGCGAUUUUGUAUCAAUGGCUGGACUUACUACUGGCCAGUAAGGACGAAAAGAUUUAUACACUCGCACGCGAGACAGUCGUGUUGCUGCUCGAGGGGAAUCCCGACAUCGGUACGCUUUUAGAUUGGGUGGUGGACCGAUGUUACACCGGCGCACCGCAAGUGGCCGAUGGCUGCUUCCUUGCUUUGGCAACGAUCUUCAGCGCCAGAGAAUAUCCUUGCGACCAUUACACGAGCGUCAUCAACGUGACGUUGAUGAACACAGGAUGCCCGCGCGCUCCGGUCCACGACGCCGCUCUUCAACUUCUCCAGUUGCUGGAUCAACGGUUUUUCGGCAACGUAGGCCCGCUCCCAGCUACGGAACUCGAGGCCGGACAUAAUGAUCCCCUCGCAAGCUCCACCGCUACCGUGACUUCCGGCCCGGGUCAACAAAGUAAUCCUGCAGGUGAAAUUUCUUCUGGUGGCACAAUCAGAGGCGGUACACUAGACGUGCUUUUGUCGACCACUUAUUGCCGUAGUCAAAUGUAUCUUUCGCGUCAACUGGCCCAGUUACAUCCGGAGCUUACGAUGCCGAUGUUCAGCGAGAUUACACACCGGUUUCAAACAGCUCGCAGAGAAGUUCGGCAAUUAUUACUACAAUAUUUGUUACCUUGGCUACACAACAUGGAACUUGUCGAUCCCAACGUACCACCGCCGUCAAAUCCGCUAAGUUAUUAUCAGUAUUACACGAGCGACGUGACGCGCGGUGGAACGCGCCGAGAAGGCUGGGGCAGUGCAGAAGCGACGGAGAUGGUGCUUAAUAAUCUUUUCUACAUUACGGCCAAGUUUUCCGAUGAGCACCCCAAAGAGACGGAAGAGCUGUGGGCGACUCUGUGUGGCUGCUGGCCCAAUAAUCUCAAGGUCAUCAUCCGCUAUCUGAUCAUCGUUUCGGGAAUGGCACCUCAGGAAUUACUGCCAUACGCGAAGCGUGUGGUGCUGUAUCUGGCGCGGGCUCGCCCGGAUCGCCUCGUCGACGAGAUGAUGACGGAAUUAGAGACGGUCGAAACGUUGAACUGCUUGAUCGAGCGGACGGAAACACCGCCCUUUUAUCGGCUCACCAGCAUGAGGAAAGCCUCGUCGCACAGUGACGCACCCGCCGCCGACCCCGCCAACCCACCUCGAGACCUCGGCGUCGAAAAGGGCACCAUUCAUACGAAAAGGCACUCGGGAGAGGAUCCUGUUAAAACCGGCUCAAAGUCCGACACUGCAUUGCGAGCACUCGCGGGGUUUCAAACUCCAAGGGCAGAAAAAACCAGGACUGCGAGCGGUCCGCCAGUUCUUCCAGACGAUCUAUCAACUCCGACCACGGAAGCCGAGUUAACCACCGACGAAUCGUGUUAUGCCGGCCGUAACGGGCCCAUCGGAGUGAACGGAAAGAUGGCAUGCGUCGACGAGAAGUUUGAUAUUCCUCAACCGCACCCUUUACCGAUGCCGGAAUACGGUGGUUAUUUCGCUCCUUUGACCGAGUACUUGCCCGAUAGCUCUCAGCCGAUAAGCGGCUUUCACAGGUGCAACAUUGCCGUGAUGCUGCUGACCGAUGUGGUCGUCGACGGGAUCCAGCUCGAUUGGGCUAUACAUGUCCCCCUGAUGCUGCACAUAGUCUUUCUCGGUCUGGACCACUCGAGACCGCUCGUGCGCGAUCACUGCCGCUGCCUGCUGCUGAACCUGCUGGUCGUGCUCGGAGACCAUCGCGAUCAUCUCGGAGUGGCGCGCGUGCUUCUCGCGUCGAAGACGGAGCAGCUGGGAUUGGGACUGUCUACCCCGGCUUUACCGGUGUUGGAACACAAUUUUACGGAAGUGGAUCCGGAAUUCGACAGCUACUUGUACGGUCCACCGCCAGCCCCGCCGCCCACCACUCCUCCGCCGUCGUCUUCGCCACCGCCGCCCUCUUCGCCACCGCCUCCGCCACCGCCACCACCCCCGCCGCCGCCAACCAAUGUGGACANGCCGCCGCCGCCGCCGAUGCCGCCUGACUCGUCAGCGUCUCCACCGGCACCACCGCCACCACCUCCGCCGCCCCCUCCGCCCCCCUUGCCCUCUUCUUCGCUCGCGGAUGAUACACCGACCCACUCACCUUUGCUGAACUCGGCGUCCACCCCGCCGAUGUCGAUGAAUCACGCGAAUCAACCGACGACGACGGACGAUUGUAAGGAUUACGGCAGUUCUCACUAUGAAUCAGCGGUGUGCAACAGUUGGCCGACCUCGAGCGGAACAACGACGGCAACGACGACGGCGGCGACGAACGCGGUGCCGCCUGUCAUUGUAACGCCGGAGGACGUGAAUAAUUGGACGGGUCCUCAGCCAGGACCUAACAUGCCAAUACAAGACGUUAUUAAAUCUUUGAUUAAUUUCCUGGCUUCUAGGAUUAAUCAACCUUUGUGGAAUUACGAAGACAUGACUGCCAAAGUAUGGUGGGUCCGCAGCGCGGAGCAACUUACAGUAUUACUUCGUCACGUGUUGCGUGUCUUUCGAGACUCGCUGCCGCACGCGUUAGUCAGUCAGAGAUGGGCGCAAACGGCGCUGCAAUUAGGUCUUUCCUGUUCGUCCCGGCACUACGCCGGAAGAUCUCUGCAAGUUUUCCGGGCGCUGCGCGUCCCUAUUACCUCCAGAAUGUUGUCUGACAUUUUAUCAAGGCUGGUGGAGACGGUUGCCGAGCAAGGAGAAGACAUGCAGGGAUAUGUAACGGAGUUGUUGCUGACGUUGGAAGCGGCUGUCGAUUCCCUCGAGUCGGACUUUAGACCGCUCGAUUUUAUGAAGGAGAUCUUCAAAUCGACGCCGAACUUGAACAAUAAGGACCCGGUAUCGGGAAUUAUAAUCGGGGGCAAGCGCAGCCCAGGAAAUGGUUAUCCUGCUGGACCGCAUAUAUUUUCUCACCUGAAUCAAGGUGGACAUACAAGGAGCACCAGCUACUCGGUCAGCUAUUGCAUGAAGAGAUCCAGCGGUGGCAAUUCCGCAGCUAGCGAUAUAAAAGAAUUGGAGAACAGAGUUGGUGGUAACAAAUAUCCCAACUCGAAUCUGUCCAGAUCGAGGUCAGCGCAGUCUUUGAAGCUGUUGGGCGAUUCCGCGACCCAAGACGACAAGAUGACUAUAUUGGCGCAACUGUUCUGGUUAUCGGUGUCUUUGCUUGAGUCGGAUUACGAGCACGAGUUCCUUCUGGCGCUGCGGCUUCUUAGCCGCGUGCUGCACAGAUUACCGCUCGAUCGACCGGAUGCAAGAGAUAAAGUUGAGAAGCUGCAGCAACAGCUACGGUGGACCUCGUUUCCCGGUGUGCACGCACUCUUGUUGAAAGGAUGCACCAGUCCCAACACGUACGAGCCGGUCGUCACGUUACUGUCUCAAUUCACACCUCUGUUAGAUUUGCCGGUGGUCGAUCCCACGCAAAGCCUCGCGUUCCCGAUGAACGUUGUAUCGUUGCUACCUUAUAUGUUGCUGAAUUAUGAAGACGCCAACGAACUCUGCAUCAGAAGCGCCGAGAACAUUGCGCAAGUAAGCGCGGAAAAGGGCAAGAAACUGGAAAAUCUCGGCACAGUUAUGACACUGUACAGCCGGCGCACGUUCAGCAAGGAAAGCUUCCAGUGGACUAAAUGUGUGGUGAAAUACCUUUACGACUCGUACGCUCACCUCAGCUUCAAUAUGCUCGCUUUCCUCGUGGAGGUUCUGGAGAAAGGCCCGAGCAGCGUGGCACUGCCUGUACUCAGCAUUAUACAUUGCAUGUUGCACUACGUAGAUCUAGCGUCGCCAGCCGCGCAGCCGAUCAAUACCGAGCUCUUGAGAGUGAUAUCUAAAUAUGUCGAGGGCACUCACUGGAAGGAAGCGCUUAAAAUCUUGAAGCUUGUAGUGACGAGGUCGUCGACACUCGUAGCCCCACCGACGUCGAUGCACGGCUCGUCCUGGGAGUCCUCGCUAGCGUCGCCGCAUCCUAGCUUCACCGACACCGAGAUAUUCACCAAGAAAGAGCUACCCGGAAGGACAAUGGACUUCACAUUCGACCUAUCCCAAACGCCGGUGAUCGGUCGACGUUGGUUGAUACGCCAAGGCGUAGAAGAAAAAUCACUCGGCUCCCCGCGUUGCUCGUUGUCCUUGUCUCCAGCUGACAACAGCACUAUCGCAGGAUGGAAAAAACCUUGGAUGUCACAGGGUCGCGUCAGAGAGUGCUUGGUGAACCUGUUGACUACGUGUGGACAAAGAGUCGGAUUACCAAAGAGCCCGUCGGUGAUAUUCAGCCAAAGUUCGGACUUGAUGGAAAGACAAUCAUCCAUGGCCUCUUCAACGGAGGAAGUUUCUGGUGCGAAUAACGACUUGAGCGGCGGAUCCAGACGAGACGAUGAACAAUUCGGCGUGUUCAAGGACUUCGACUUCCUCGAAUACGAAAGUGAAAGCGUCGAGGGUGAGAGUACGGAUAACUUUAACUGGGGCGUUCGACGUCGUCCUCUCAGCGAGGGGGAAGAACGAGAGCCUAGUUUAAGACAAUUCGAGGAAAGUCUAAGUGAGAAGACACCGUCGUCCAGCAAACACACCACACGGCGCGGAGUCGCUGAGGAGUCAUCGGACGACGAGGCCGGGUCAGAGUCACCCUUGGACGAAGUGCCAGGCGGAUCCGGGACGGGCCAAGAAGCGAACAGCAUCCCGGGAAUGUUCCCACCGUCCUCCCUCUCGUUGAUACCUAGCCGUACGCGUCACGACUCAUCCACAAGGUCUGAUACAUCCGGCUCGAGCGCGGGAGAUCUCGGUGAUGUGACACCGUGCAACGCGUCGCCGAAUCUGUCCGCGCUGAUGCCCUUCCGGCAGGUCGUGCGAGACGACGCCGAAGAAAUCUGGAGGCAACAAAUUCAAAGCCUCAUCACUCAAGCUCCGUACAACACUCUGAGCUUCUUCCAACUGCUUAGCAAAAUUUUAAGGGAUGUGAGCAGCAAGUCUGUCGGUCUCACACGCGAGACGAGCACUUUGCUGAGCAACGGUAGUCCGGCUUCGGCUCACUUGGGCUGCCACUUGUCUAGUCACGCCGAGCUGCUCAGUUCGAAAGCCGAGCCGCCUCUGGUGUGGUUUUCUGUCGCUAUAUUUGCGAAUCAGCGAUUGAAUGAGACAUUGCGCUUCGGGAUGUUGGAGGUUCAAGAACACCUGGAAACAUUUUUGGACAGAAAGGAUCAUGCCACGGAAUGCUUGGAGGCAGCUAAAGCUACCGUCAAGCUUCAAGCUUUAGGCGGCAGCCACACCACGGAGGCGGGCGUUGAGGAGAUGCUGUUGGAUAUGGGCCGAGCGCUCUACAAGCUGCAUUUUCAACUGCUCUUGCUGAUCGAGGCGUCAAACAAGAUGCUGGGUGCGCUAAUGAACGCCGCUAGAAACGUGCAGAUCCCUCUGCAAGAUCUGUCCAUCGAGAUCGCCAACAUGAAGAUAGCCUUGAGCAGAGCGCUCGAAGAGAGCACCGAGAGUGAACGAGGAACGCCUACUCCAACGCCCAGCCCUAGCCCUCUGCCAGGUGCCGGUGCCGUCGAAGAAGUCGCCAGAGUCGCGGAACUGCUGAGAAAUGCGCGGUGGUGCCCGGCGCUCGAAGCCGUGAGACUACACAGAGCACAGUGGCCAGGCGAUCCUUUCCACGACGACGACGACGUGACAACUGCUGUUAGUAUGUACUGCAAGUACAUAGGUCAGGAUAGAUCUGAUAUAUUCGUGGUGACGAGAAAAGACGAAGAGAUGUCAGAGAUUUUUGGCAGACUGAUGGAAAGCCUGUUCGAAGUUCUCGCGGCUGUGACGGGAUUGGAAGCGUCUACGAAGGCGGCGCGCAUGCAGCAUGACCAUUCUAAUCACUCCAAAAAUGACUGUUAAUAUAAGCUUUAACGAUUUAGUAUUACAGAUUGUUCGUGUAAACUUAAGUCGGCGUAUAUACAUAUAUAUAUAUAUAUAUAUAUAUAUAUAUACACACAUAUAUAUAUACAUAUAUAUAUAUAUAUAUUUAUAUAUAUUUAUAUUUAUAUUUAAUUGUUGUACGUGUGUAGGUACCUUAUAUACGAUUGUAGGUGAAUAUACAUCACGAAGCGUUGUGCAUAUUUAUGUAUAAUGCGUAGAGAGAAAAUUGUUUUUUUUUUUCGACACAUGAAAAACGUAACGAUCGCUAUUGACUGUAUAUUCGGCAAAAUAAAUUACAUCGAGAUCUCGA